UAAAUACACAUCUUUGUGUAACACCAAUCGGCUGUCAACUCUUUCAGAACCCAAGACGAUGCUCGCAUAAGAAGCAGGUCACCCCAAUUCCUAAUCUUGAUCUCGAGCCCAGCCUACCGGGAUACCUCGCAAAAUACGUCAAACCCUUCUCUUCCCCCUGCUAAAGCCUUUUAGCGAUUCGCUCGACUCGUCAAAGAUGGCCCAAAAUAUCGCGCAAACGUGGCCGGUCCACGAGAUCAUAUAUACGGCAAUUGUGGGCGUUGUUAUGUUAGCAGCUCUUCUUGAAUGGUUCCUAUGGCUAGCCGCGUUCCUGUACUGUUUGGUCAAGGUUUUCAGGAAGGCAGAGCACUGGACGAUACGAGUGCUUGCAGUUAUUGUCGCUGUUCUCUUCACUGGUUUUCGGUUUAUAUUUUUGCCCAUCAUGGUCGUUACUUUACCGCUCCCGAGUCAAAUCACACAAUACUGGCCCCCUAACAUGGUCGACAUCCUUCAAUGGUUUGCGUUCUGGAGCUUUGCUGGUCUCUUGACCGUACCAUGGCUUUUCUGUGUAUACCAACUCGUCACACACCAGCUCGGGAGAACGAAGCGGGUCAAAGAAGUAUUGGAUGAGGUUUCCGCGCCAAAGGUUGUCAUCGUUAUGCCCUGUUAUAAGGAGGAUCCCGAGGUCCUCGUCACCGCUAUCAACUCCGUCGUGGACUGUGACUAUCCUCCUUCAUGCAUCCAUGUCUUCCUUUCAUUCGACGGAGAUCAAGAGGACGAAUUGUAUCUCAACACGAUCGAAAAGCUUGGUGUGCCUCUGACGCUGGAGUCGUACCCUAAGAGUAUCGACGUCAGCUAUCGAGCAGCCCGAAUUACAGUGUCUCGAUUUCCUCACGGUGGAAAGCGUCAUUGUCAAAAGGCAACCUUCAAACUCAUCGACAAGGUUUAUAAGGAAUACCUAAAGCGCAACGACAACCUCUUUAUCCUCUUCAUCGAUUCGGAUUGCAUCCUAGAUAGAGUCUGUCUGCAAAACUUCGUCUACGACAUGGAACUUAGCCCUGGAAAUAGUAGAGACAUGUUAGCUAUGACUGGUGUCAUUACCUCAACAACCAGGAAGCACAGUAUCAUUACGCUACUUCAAGACAUGGAGUAUAUUCAUGGUCAGCUAUUCGAGCGGACCGUCGAGUCUGGAUGCGGUGCCGUAACUUGCUUGCCAGGUGCUCUCACCAUGCUCCGAUUCUCUGCAUUCCGAAGAAUGGCUAAAUACUACUUUGCUGACAAAGCUGAGCAAUGUGAGGAUCUGUUUGACUUUGCGAAGAGUCAUUUGGGAGAGGAUCGAUGGCUCACCCAUCUUUUUAUGAUUGGAGCGAAGAAGCGGUAUCAGAUCCAAAUGUGCACCUCAGCAUUUUGCAAGACAGAGGCGGUGCAAACUGUUCAGUCGCUGAUUAAGCAACGGCGAAGAUGGUUUCUUGGUUUCAUCACGAACGAAGUUUGCAUGCUAACUGACUGGCGCCUUUGGAAACGAUAUCCUAUCUUGCUCGUGGUCCGAUUUAUGCAGAACACAAUACGGACGACGGCUUUACUAUUUUUCAUCAUGAUGCUCUCACUCAUGACAACAACCAUGAGAGUUGACCAGCUCCCCGUCGGUUUCAUUGCGAUUUCGCUCGGUUUGAAUUGGCUGAUGAUGAUAUACUUUGGGUUUAAACUAAAACGCUACAAGAUCUGGCUCUACCCGGUGAUGUUCAUCCUGAACCCUUUCUUUAACUGGUACUACAUGAUUUACGGCAUCUUUACGGCAGGCCAACGCACCUGGGGUGGCCCUCGUGCCGACGCCGCUACUGCCGACGCGAACACGACACCACAGCAAGCCGCCGAGCAAGCUGCGAAAGCAGGAGAUGAUCUCAACGUUGUUCCAGAGACCUUCAUCCCAGCAACUGAGGUUCAACGACAGAUGAGCCGAGGUAAAGAGUCUCUCAAGGGGAAUGGGAUCCAACGAUCGAAGAGCAAGGUCUUACCCCCGGAAAAGAUCGAGGGCAAAUUCGCCGCCCCCGAGAAAAAGGCCAACGGGUUUUAUGCGUAUCCAGAGGAGUCGACAUACAGCUUCUUCAAUACACAAGGAGCUGGGGCUUCACCAUAUGGUACUACACCUUUGAACUACGCCCACAGCCGAGAAUCGGUAGAUAGUUUCCUAACCACUGGAAACAACUCGGUAUAUAUCCCCCGACGAGUAGAGAGUAUCAUGGGAGACGAAGACCGCAAGAAGUACGAGAUGGCGCAGGCUAGUCAGUACAACCAGUUCGUAGAGAAGUCAAAGAAGUAUGCCAUCCCGCCACGAGGCCAGGUGUACGAAUUCUCCGACACGGAGCUGGCCAAGGGUGGCUGGGAAGCAAGUGACACCAGAGUCACGGAGAUCAGAAGGCCGGAACGACGCUAUAGAGACGAUGCCAACGACGAUAGUACCCCAGAGUCGUUAUCCUCUCGUGCACCUUCGCCCCGGCCUAGAUCUUCUCGACAAUCCAAUACCGAAUCAUCCCAUGGUCCGAGACCGACCUCGGAAGCAUCAGACAGUCAGCAUCAGCACCAGCACCAGCCACCUUAUACUUAUUAUCAGCAUCAACGCAAUAGGACGAGUAGCAGCCCUCUCGUACUAAACAGCACUUCUGCGCCCGACACCAGCGAAACGGAAUUAGACGGACACACGAAGGCGUCUAGACCGCACACUCCUUAGUAAUCAAGAAGUAUAUAUACCCA